CCGCACAACUGCAGUCUCAGAAGAGUUAAGAGCGCAUAAAGUGAACAUGGUUAAGCUCGGAAUACACGUUCUACUUUUGCUGGUUGUCACAAUGGACUUGAUACCAGCGAUGCCGUAUCCCGGCGGUCAUCACGAACACACGCACUUCAUCAUCCACGUGCCGCAUCAUAUUCACAAGCAUCAUCAUACACUCGUGAAGAAGAUUUACAUACCGGUUAAAUCACAUCAUCAUCAUCAUCACCAUGAGCAUGAAGAAGACGGCUGGUAAAUCAUUUUGUCUCACGAAUUCCUUGUUAAGUUAAAGGAUCCUAUCACGGCAGAGUUAUUUAAUCAUAAUCUUCUGAUGAUAUCUGAUGACUACUUGUUUGUUAUUGUUUCACACUGUUAAUUGUGCAAAAUAAACAUAUUUAUAUACUAAUGACUA